GUGGAACUCCCGCACGAGCCCACGACACUGCCUUGCCUCAUUGCCUCAUUCAUUUUUAUAGAGAACUUUUUUUUUUUCCUUUUAAUUCAAAGCAGGACACUUAGUGGUUGAGUAACUAAGCGUAUGAAGGCAGAAACAUGACCAAAAUGCUGACAGUUGCUAAAUUUAUGAGGAAUUUUGCUUCAUUAGGCUGGAGACCCGCAGCACGUUCCCUCAGCGUCAAGGCUCAGAGCGCUCACCUGGUUCUCGAAGAUGGCACAGUGAUGAAGGGCUACUCCUUUGGCCAUGGCCAGUCAGCGUCCGGAGAGUUGGUCUUCAACACAGGGCUCGUGGGAUAUCCAGAGGCCCUCACGGACCCCAGCUACAGAGGCCAGAUUCUUACACUUACCUACCCCAUUGUGGGCAACUACGGCGUCCCCAACAUGCAGGAGCUUGAUGAAGUGGGACUGAGAAAGAAUUCAGAGUCGGAUCGCAUUCAGGUAUCAGGGCUACUGGUGCAGGAUUACAGUCACGACUACAGCCACUGGAACUCGGUGAAGUCUCUGGCACAGUGGCUGCAGGAGGAGAAGGUUCCAGCUUUAUACGGCGUGGACACCAGGAUGCUGACCAAAAUCAUCCGAGACAAGGGGACAGUUUUGGGGAAGAUUGAGUUUGAAGGGCAGCCAAUAGAAAUUACUGACCCAAAUGUACGAAACCUAGUGGCAGAAGUCUCGACGAAGGAAGUCCGAGUGUAUGGGAAAGGCAAUCCUAUCAAAGUGGUGGCUGUUGACUGUGGGAUCAAGCACAACAUCAUCAGGCUGCUCGUCAAGCGCGGUGCCGAGGUACACUUGGUGCCGUGGGAUCAGGACCUCAUGAGCCUCGAGUACGAUGGCCUCUUCAUAUCUAACGGCCCUGGAGACCCCGCUUUGGCUGAAACUCUGAUCCAGAACGUCCGCAAGGUGCUGGAGAGCGAUCGUCCUGAGCCGGUGUUUGGUAUCUGUAUGGGGAACCAGAUCACAGCUUUGGCUGCUGGUGCUCAGUCGUACAAACUGCCCAUGGGGAACAGAGGCCAGAACCAGCCGGUGCUGAAUGUAAUGACGGGACAAGCCUUCAUCACGGCUCAGAAUCACGGCUACGGGAUAGACAGCGAGUCUCUGCCGCUAGGCUGGAGUCCGCUCUUCAUCAAUGCCAACGAUGGAACCAAUGAGGGCAUCAUGCAUAACACCAAGCCAAUCUUCACGGCGCAGUUUCAUCCGGAAGCGAAAGGUGGCCCCACUGAUACAGAGUUCCUCUUUGAUGCGUUCCUGUCUCUGAUAAAGAAGGGGAAAAACAGCAGCAUUGUGUCUGUGAUGCCAAAGAAACCUGAAGUUCCACCGAGAGCCCAGGUGUCUAAAGUGUUGGUGCUCGGCUCUGGUGGUCUGUCCAUCGGCCAGGCUGGUGAGUUUGACUACUCAGGCUCACAGGCUGUGAAAGCCAUGAAGGAGGAGAACCUGAAGACGGUGCUGAUGAACCCGAACAUCGCGUCGGUGCAGACUAAUGAGGUGGGAACCAAGCAGGCAGACACGGUCUACUUCCUGCCCAUCACACCACAGUUUGUGACGGAGGUGAUCAAAACCGAGAGGCCCGAUGGCAUCCUGCUCUCCAUGGGCGGACAAACAGCACUCAACUGUGGAGUGGAGCUGUUUCAGAGCGGCGUGCUGCAGCAGUACGGCGUGAAGGUUUUGGGCACGCCUGUAGAGUCCAUCAUCGCCACAGAGGACAGACAGCUGUUUGCUGACAAGCUGAAGGAGAUCAACGAGAGGAUCGCCCCCAGUGUCGCUGUGGAGUCGGUGGCAGAUGCUCUGAAGGCUGCAGACGAAAUCGGAUAUCCGGUGAUGGUGCGUUCGGCGUAUGCCCUCGGUGGCCUGGGCUCUGGCCUCUGCAGCGACAAACACAAACUGGAAGAGACUGCACGCAAGGCUUUAGCCAUGAGCAGUCAGAUCCUGGUGGAGAAGUCUCUGCUGGGCUGGAAGGAGGUGGAGUACGAGGUGGUCAGAGACGUCGCUGAUAACUGCGUCACUGUCUGCAACAUGGAGAACUUCGACCCCUUAGGCAUCCACACAGGUGACUCCAUUGUAGUGGCACCCAGCCAGACUCUGUCCAACGAGGAGUACCACAUGCUGCGGGAGACGGCUAUUAAAGUGGUGCGCCACCUUGGCAUUGUGGGAGAGUGCAACAUCCAGUACGCCCUGCACCCGUCAUCUCUGGAGUACUGCAUCAUCGAGGUCAACGCCCGGCUGUCCAGAAGCUCAGCUCUGGCCUCUAAAGCUACGGGGUACCCGCUGGCUUUUGUAGCAGCGAAGCUGGCCCUGGGCAUUCCUCUGCCCGAGAUUAAGAACGCUGUUUCCGGAAAGACCACGGCCUGCUUCGAGCCCAGUCUGGACUACAUUGUGACGAAGAUCCCUCGCUGGGACCUGGACCGCUUCCAGGGCAUGUCACGAGAGAUCGGCAGUGCCAUGAAGAGCGUAGGAGAGGUAAUGGCGGUGGGUCGUACCUUUGAAGAGAGCAUCCAGAAGGCGUUGCGGAUGUGCCACCCCUCCGUGGACGGCUUUGUGCCACACCUGCCCUUAAAGAGACCCUGGACCGAGCAGCAUGACCUGCGCCAGGAGCUCGCUGUUCCGUCCAGCACUCGCAUUUUCUCCCUGGCUAAGGCGCUGCAUGACGGAGUCAAAGUGGACCAGAUUCAUGAGCUCACAGCUAUCGAUAAAUGGUUUCUGCACAAACUGAGGCGCAUUACAGAGCUGGAGCAGCACCUGCGUCAGUACGACAGCUCCACUGUUCCAGCUGAUCUGUUGCUGAAGGCCAAGCAGGAGGGCUUCUCAGACCGGCAGGUGGGCCAGGCCCUCGGCGCGUCAGAGGCAGAGACACGCUCCCUGAGACUGAGCCACAGCAUCCAGCCCUGGGUCAAACAGAUUGAUACGCUAGCUGCAGAAUAUCCUGCUGUCACUAACUACCUGUACUGUACCUACCAUGGCCAGGAGCAUGACCUGGACUUCAGAGAUCAGAGUGUGAUGGUUUUAGGCUGUGGUCCUUAUCACAUCGGCAGCAGUGUGGAGUUCGACUGGUGUGCCGUGUCCAGUAUCCGCGCCCUCAGACAGAUGGGCAAGCGCACAGUGGUGGUGAACCACAACCCCGAGACGGUCAGCACCGACUUCGACGAGUGCGACCGCCUCUAUUUCGAGGAGCUGACGCUCGAGCGUGUUCUGGACAUUAACCGUCAGGAGGGAUGUACGGGCUGCAUAGUCUCAGUGGGAGGGCAGAUCCCCAAUAACCUGGCCGUGCCACUGCACCUGAACGGCGUGAAGAUUCUGGGCACGAACCCCCUGCAGAUCCACCGGGCUGAGGAGAGAUCUAUAUUCUCCAGCAUCCUGGAUGAGCUGGGAGUGGCUCAGGCGCCGUGGAGAGCCCUGAGCUCACUGGAAGAUGCCUUCGCAUUCGCUAAUGAAGUGGGUUACCCCUGCCUCCUCAGGCCCUCUUACGUUUUAAGCGGUUCUGCGAUGAACGUGGCCUACGGCGAGGAGGAGAUGAAGCGCUUCUUGGAGGAAGCGGCCCAGGUGUCUCAGGAGCAUCCUGUGGUCAUCACGAAGUUCAUUCGUGGAGCCAGAGAGGUCGAAGUGGACGCAGUGGCCAAAUCAGGCAAGGUUCUGGCUCACGCCAUUACGGAGCACGUGGAGGACGCCGGCGUCCACUCAGGAGACGCCACUUUAAUGCUGCCCACCCAGACCAUCAGUCAAGGAGCUCUGGAGAAGGUGAAGACGGCCACACGGAAAAUUGCAAAGGCGUUCGAGAUUUCAGGGCCGUUUAACACUCAGUUUCUGGUGAAAAGCAAUGAUGUCAUGGUGAUCGAGUGUAACCUGCGUGCCUCACGCUCCUUCCCGUUUGUGUCUAAAACCAUCGGUGUGGACUUGAUUAACGUGGCGACCCAGGUGAUGGUGGGAGAACCGCUAAACGAGUCUGUGCUCCCCACGCUGGAAAGCCCCAUCAUUCCUGUAGACUACGUUGGCAUUAAGGCACCGAUGUUUUCCUGGCCGCGUCUGAGAGAUGCUGACCCUGUCCUGCGCUGUGAGAUGGCCUCCACCGGAGAGGUCGCUUGCUUUGGACCAAAUAUCUACUCAGCCUUUUUAAAGGCGAUGCUCUCCACAGGGUUCAAACUGCCUCAGAGAGGAAUCCUCAUCGGUAUCCAGCAUUCAUUCAGGCCAGACUUCCUGUCCACUGCUCACCAGCUUAAGGAGGAGGGAUUUAAACUUUAUGCCACAGAAGCUACCGCUGCUUGGCUCAAUGCCAACGAUGUGCCCACCACGCCAGUCUCAUGGCCCAGUCAGGACGGUAAAGACUGCACCCUACCGACUAUCAGCAGUCUGAUAAGUGACAGCCAUAUCGACCUGGUGGUAAAUCUUCCCAAUAACAACACCAAGUUCAUCAAGGAAAACUUCCUCAUCCGCAGAAUGUCUGUGGACUACGGCGUGCCCCUCAUCACUAACUUCCAGGUGGUGAAGCUAUUCGCUGAGGCCAUUAAGUAUUCAAGCAAAUUGGACACGACCAGUCUCUUCCACUAUCGCCAGCGGGAGGCGGGACAGCAGGGUUAGAGACUCCUGAACCAUCCAUCAACUCACUGAAACCUCUGCUGAAUCCACGAUACGGAAAGCACAGAGACUCAUACAGGUCCAAAGUGCUGUUUCUGAUGCCCCUGAAGGGGGUUUCGAGCCUUUCAGACGCUCCUGCACUGGGUUUCCAGCCUGCCUUGUGCCCACAUUAACCUUAAUGCAACUUUUUAAACUACCCAUUUCCAGGUAACUUUCCUGUGGAGUGGACUUGGGAUUUAUUUAAGCAUUCAUCGCUUAGCCCUAAAGGGGCUCCUGGACCACCAGAGCCUUUUAUAGGUUGUGGAUUCCUCUUAUUAUUGUUCCAUGUGUGUUUAUAUCAUGUAGCCUGUUUACUCAGGCUGCAAUGAAGCUGGGUUUACAGUAAGGAAACAAUAAGGUGCAUUUCUAUAAGCACUUUUUGAUCACUUUCCAAUCAUACGUGUUGUGUAUCUAAUUCAGUAAAAAAUGUAAAUUCGGUGUCUCUGCGUGAGUGAAACUGUGAGAAAGAAGGAGAGAGAGAGCUGUUCAUUCCUCAAUAAACAAAAGAGUGUUUCAUA